GAGUGUCCAAACAAUUAAAUUAAAAUGAUUGACUAGACAGAAAAAUUCGAAUUAAAAUGAUUGACUGGACGAAAAAAUUCGAAUUUAAAUGAUCAACUAGUCAGAAAAAUUCGAAUUAAAAAUAUUAACAAGACAGAAAAAUUGGAAUUAAAAAAAUAUUGACUAGACAGAAAAAUUCGAAUUAAAAUGAUCAACUAGACAGAAAAAUUCGAAUUAAAAAUAUCAACUAGACAGAAAAAUUCGAAUUAAAAAAAUAUUAACUAGACAUUAAAAUUCGAAUUAAAAAUAUCAACUAGACUGAAAAAUUCGAAUUAAAAAUAUCAAAGUGACAGAACAAUUUAAAAAACGUUUUAAUUUCAUUGAAUUUAAAAUGUUACUGUGAUAUUUUUAAUUGGGGUAGAAUUAUAAAAAUCACAUUAACCUCUAAAAUAAAAAGAAUUAAAAUGUUCAAAUGAAAAAUAAAUUCAAAGCAUAUUUUUAAUUCAAUGCAAUUAAAAUGUCGUUAUGAUAUUUUUAAUUUAUGUCGAAUUACAGGUAUUAGAUGACGUUUAAAAUGAAUUGAAUUACAAAUAUCAAAGUAAGAAAAAAUUAAACAAACGAUGUUCUUCCAAAAUACAAUUUUGCAUUUAAAAAUUCACGUUAAAAAAAAUAAAUUAAAAUGAAUUUACAUUCGCACAUUCUAAGCAAACAUAAACUAGAAAAUGUAGGAGAAAAUAAAAUAAAAAUAUCAAGUAAAAUCCAUGAAUGCACUAAAUGUACAUAUUUAACUGCAAAUAAAUCAGCUUAUAAUAAUCAUAUUAAAGUUUGUUUGAAAUUGAAAAAUGUCGAAUGGUAUAAGUGUCAAAUAUGCCAAUUUAGAACUAUUAAAAAAAGUAAUUUAACAAAGCAUAUUAAAACUCAUACUAAAAUAAAAGACUUGAAAUGUUCUUUUUGUCAUUUUCAAUGUAACGGAAAACAAAAUUUAGACAACCACAUUUUAAGAAAACAUUCUCAUUUGUUGAACGAAAACAAUAAAAAUAUCAUCACUUCCAAAAUACAUUAUUGCAAAUAUUGUACGUAUAAAUCAACAAUGGCAAAUAUUUUAACAAGUCAUAUUAAAACU